CAUUGGUACCGAGGGUGGAGCGGAGCGCUGGGGACGAACUCCCAGGGGCACGAGGGGAUGUCACUUUAAAAUUGAUUAUAUUCACAGAACCGACACACCAGCAGCCCGUCUUGUGGACCCGAUUUAUUUAUUUAUUUUUUUAAUAAUAUGUGUAUAUAAUCCCCAGAAUCUCCAGCCAUGAAAACUCCAGCUCUUAAAACUCUGCUGGUUUACCCAGUGCUUCUUGCUUUACUUAGCUUGACAAGAACUGAGGAAUUGCCAAGUUUUGACCUUCUAGAAGAAUUCCGGAUAUCUCAGUCAGAGGAUGUGAGGACAGUGGAUGGCUCUGAGCCAGAUGCAUUAGCUUUCCGUAUUAACCCUACAAUUCAUUUAAAAAAAUCAAUGGGUGAUGUAUAUCCUGAUGGCUUGCCUUCAGACUACUCUAUCAUAGCCACAUUUAAGAUGCUGCAGGACACUGAAAGCUCAUGGAAUUUGUGGCAAGUGAGCGAUUCUGAUGGCAACGAACAAGUUGGCAUUCGCUUCUCAGGAGACACCAAAUCCUUGGACUUCUUUUAUGCCACUCCACAGAAUACCCAAAUUCUAAGAACAUUUUACAAUGUGGAGAAACUUUUUGAUGGGUCAUGGCACAAACUAGCCCUUAGUGUGAAAGGUGAUCAGGUGAAAUUAUUAAUUGACUGCCAGGAAAUUAGCACCAUUCCAAUUAACGACCAACGAACGGUGAUUAGAAGUGGAUACACGUCUAUAGUAAAAAGGGCUGUUGAUGAUUCAUCUGUUUCUCUGGACCUACAGCAAAUAGAUCUUAAUUGUGAUCCCGACCAAGCCUAUUCUGAAGGGUGCUGUGAGCUUUCCAAUGUUUGUGGAGGAAGUGCAGAGAUUGGCCUUACUGGAAAUCCAUCCGGAUGUAGAUGUCUGCAUGGACAACCUGGAGUUCAGGGUCCCUCAGGGCCCAAGGGGCGCAGAGGUCACAAAGGCCAUCAAGGUGAAGCUGGAAGACUAGGAAAUUGGGGUGUCCGUGGCAGUCCUGGUGACUAUGGAUUCAUUGGUGAAACUGGGCCUAAAGGAAUUGCUGGAAUAAAAGGAGAAAAGGGAAUGAGAGGACUCCACGGCCAGCGGGGUGACCUGGGUCCCAAAGGACUUCAUGGGUUAACAGGAGCUCUAGGUUUUAAGGGAGUGACUGGGGAACCUGGGGAGAGAGGAGAGGGAGGUGAACAGGGGGAAACGGGAGAUAUAGGUGAACCAGGUUAUGAAGGAAUUCCAGGAUUUCAAGGCUCAAAGGGCGAUGAUGGGUUCUCUGGAUCUGAAGGAUCACCUGGCCCUCAAGGGCGGCAGGGCAUUGUUGGAGAUCCAGGUGAACAGGGAACCCCAGGAUUCAAAGGAAGACCUGGUGUUCCAGGACCUCAGGGAAGGAAAGGGUUUGUAGGAAUAAAGGGGAUUGUUGGUGACCCAGGUAUGCCGGGAAGAGAUGGGGAUCUUGGUAUAGAGGCAUACCAAGGUCCUCAGGGUGGAGAAGGAAGUCUCGGGCAAGGAGGGGAACUGGGAGAGAAAGGUGCUCAAGGUCCUGUGGGGAAUGAAGGUCCACGAGGAAUGCCUGGUCAACAAGGGCCGAAGGGAUCAGCAGGAAAACCAGGAAGACCAGGAUUUAUUGGCCCGCCAGGAAGAACUGGUCAUCUAGGCUUACCAGGAAGACCAGGAUCUAAGGGCGACACAGGUAUCCAAGGCAUUCAAAGUGUUAAAGGUGACAAGGGACAAAAAGGAGUCAAAGGCCCAAAAGGAGAAGUUGGAGACAAGGGACUAUUGGGGCCACUGGGAGUCCAAGGUAAAAGAGGCCCAGGUGGGGAGCCUGGAUCUUCAGGGGCCGUUGGAACAAAGGGUGUCCGUGGAGAUGAAGGUCCUGUCGGAUUCCAAGGGCCUCCCGGACUCCCUGGACCAACAUUCCCUGCAGAACAUGUAAUCGAGGUCUGCCAGAGAGUGGUGCUUGAACAGAUGUCAGUAUAUGCAAAUGUUGUGAGAAGGAAAUGUGCCAGUGCAUGUCCACUUUAUGGUGAUGUACCAAUGGGACCCCCAGGACCCCAGGGUUUGAACGGAGAACCUGGACCACCUGGUGAACCAGGUUUAAAUGGGGUGGAUGGUGAAGAAGGACAAGAGGGUUUCUAUGGAGACGCAGGUGAUCCAGGCAAACAAGGAGAAAUAGGUGAUCAAGGAGAGUCAGGUGAUAAGGGAGCUAAAGGUUAUGGUCUACCAGGCUUUGUUGGAAAUGAAGGACCGAGAGGCAAACGGGGAAGAACUGGAACAGUAUUUGAUGGUCAUCCAGGUGAGCAAGGUCCUCGGGGACACAUGGGCCGGCCUGGUUUGAGAGGAUACAACGGACUUCGUGGUUCUCCAGGAAUUUGCAUGGCCUCAGGUUGUGAUAUGAACAACACGACUGACAGUGCUGUAGGAUCCUCACGACGCACAUAGAGACAAAAUGAAAUUGAUUACAUAUUGAACAGAUUUCAUAUAAACUAGUGCCGUGUUAGUAACCAAGCUGAAUACACUGACUCUCAACUGUCAUACUGUGAACCAGCAACAUCAUCUCUAUCAAUGUAAAUAAGCAGACAGAAUCUUAACAAAUUAAAUAUAUCAUGUUGGUACUAUAUAGUGCUCAGUUUUUAAUUCUUGAAUUUCUUUUUUCUGUCAUGUCAAUUACCCCCCCCCCCCCCCUCCCCCAACAUAAUAUAAUUUGUACAUUUCUAUCCAUUCCUUUAGUACAACCAUAGAUUAUUGUUAAACAUGUAUCUGUGGUCAAUCCACAGCAGCUUUUCAUAUUUUGUUUGCUAUGAAGCGCGUGCCAUUGAUUGAAGUUGUCAACCUAAUAAAUUAUCACAAUGUUCUUUAUAAUAAAAUGUAAAAAAGUGUAA